AUGCAGCACCGGCCGGCCCCUCGGCCGCACACCUCCGAGGGCUGGCGGGACGGCGCCCUGCGGGGAGAGAGCGCGAGGACGCGUCCAAUGUCGGCCGUGACCGCCGGGAUGGGGGCGCUGACGGGCUGGGGCGAGGAGGGCGCUGGUCCGCGAGGCACUGGCGACACUUCGCCCGCGUCGCCCCGCAAGAGCCGGGAUUUGUCCGGGCGGAGCUCGCGGCCGGUCACGACCCCCGAGAGCUCCUCGCGGGGCAUGGCGGGGCCGUCUCGGCCCGGGACGGCGCAGCGCAUGGAGAGCCAGCUGCAUGUUGUGCAUGAGCAGCUGCCCAGCGAGGCCGGUUUUGCGUCCAGGCUGGACGUGUCGCAGGCCGGGGUCCACGGAACACACACCAGACGCAUCGAGAUCUCUCUCCAGCGCGAAACCAAGCAGUACACGUGGGACGCCGGCGGCCACCGCCGCCCCGUCUCGCCGGGACAGAGAGCCUCCCUCUCCCCCAUCGUCGUCCCCGGGACCCCCACCAACACCGUCGAGGCCGUGCGCCAGAACGCCUUCGACCUCCCCACAAGGACCAGCACCUCCGAGAGCACCACCCCGCGGCGCAGGGGCGCCAGUCAGGUCGAGGCGGUUGUCCGUGCAGACCUCUCGCCCACACACAGCUCGCGGCCCCUCUCCGGCGCCCGCUCGCGGCCCGCGACGCCCGCGACGCCGGGGCGCCGCAGCCAGCUCCAUCUCUCCGCGCGCGUCUUCGCCGACGCAGCGGACCGCGCCUCCGCCGUCGUCGACGAGCCCCCACCGCAGGCCUCGCAUCCCGCCAGGGGAUGGCGCUCGUGGGGCGCUGACGCGGACGAUCCGCUGCAACGGCCCCCGCCGCACGCCGGCGCCGACGCGCGCGCGUCGCUCGCGGAGGAGGUGCGGUCGUCUGCGCGGGAGAGGGAAAGCGAGGUGCCGGACGCCCCGGUCGCGACGCCGCGCAAGCCAAAAGCCCCGCCGUUGCCGCCGCCAACGCAGACCCGGCGCGAGUCCUGGGCGCUUGCCCGGCCGCCGUCGAGCCGGCGGGCGCAACGCGGCUUCCUCGCGCCUGCCGGAGACGCUCCCGCGCAGCGCUCUCGCCCUGCCUCGGCGCACCCGCAGCCCGCGAGGCCGCGACUCGACAGCAGCGUCGUAUCGACAGCAGGCACCCGCGGCCCGCGGCCGAUGUCGGCGCUGGCAUGGGCCGGCACUUCGCGCCCGCCGCCGGAACUGCGACCGUUCGGCCACGCGGCUCGCCACGCGCCUAUUGUCAAGGAGCGGCCCAAGAAGCGUACCGCAGGGAGCGUGCCGCAGCCUGGGCGCGCGGCGGACUUCUCGGAGCCUCUGCGGCCGAAGACAAUCCUGAGCGCCGACGCAGAGGCCCAGUGGGAGCGCUAUCUGAUCCACCGGUCACGACGGCACGAGUUCGCCGUGGCCUCGCUGCUAGACGUGCAGACGGACCACCUCCUGCGCCACGUGUCGGACCUCAGCGUGCAGAAGGAGGGGCGCAAGUCCAACCAGGAGGGGGAUGUGGAGUUGGCGGGGAGCGACGCGGGGGCGGAGCUGUCGCCAGCACAAACCGCGCUGACAACCGCCGACACGCUAGCGCCCGCGACAACGGUCAUCGACAAGCGCUCGGUGCUGCAGAACGCGAUCUCGGGCAUGCCGUCGGGCACCGUCACGGCCGCGCAGCUCCGGGAGGCGGCCCAGCAGUUCAAGCAGCAGCAGAGCAAGCUCGUGGGGGGGGUGUUGAAGUCCGCGCUGGGCAACAACAACGCCGCGGGGACGCGCCCCGGGACCGCGGACACCUUCGCCGGCAGCACCCGUGCGCCCUCGCGGUCCUCGCCCCAGCGCCCCGCCCCGGGCUCCAUGUCGAAGGCUGACAUCAUCGAAGUCUGGCGCAAGGCCGAGGAGGCGUACGACCGGCUGGCCCCGCGGUUCGACGAGUUCCACCGCACGCGCGGCGUGCAGGGUGCGGCGGCGGACCAGUCGGAGGCGGACCUGGGCGAGACGCCGGUCGCCGGGGCGACGGAACAGACGCGGACGACGAUGGAGGGCGGGGCGGCCACGCAAGGGUCGACGGCGUCGCCGCAGGCGCAGCGGUCGGGUGGUUCUGCGGGGCCGGAGCCGUCGCUCCCGGCGGCGCUGCCGCCCGGGAUCGGUCUGCCGACGGCGCGCGUGGCCGCUGCUCAGACGGGGGACGGUGCGGCGCAGGUGGGAGGGGUCUCUCACGCGCCGGCGCCGGAGGGCAGCGCGGCGCAAGAGAGCGACCCUGCGCUGUUCGAGCGGCUCGCGGACAAGUUCCUGAAGUACGCGGACUGGGCGCCGAGGGACGAGAACGAGCCGGAGAUUAUCUUCCUUUCGUACCGCGAGAACAAGCGGGGGAGGAACAGGGUGCUGGAGGCGCCGAUGUGGGCGAUGAACGACGUGUCCGGUCGCGGGGGCGUCCUCGACGCGUUCAAGAGGUCCAUGAUCGUCUACGAGCAGCUCGAGGACAUCCGCGUGCACGAGGCCGCGCACCUGGAGGAGAACGCGCGCAUGGUGAUGGAGCAGUCGUCCGUCCCCGUGAAGACGAUCGACUCCGUGGUCGCCGUGCUGAUCCGGAAGAUGAAGCGCGAGGCCGCGGAAGCGAGCAGGGCCCGCCGCGAGUCGAUGCCCGGCUUCGGCACCUUCAUGGGAGAGGGCGGCGAACGCACGGGCAUCUUCCCGCUGCGGCCGUGGCUGCUCGACGACCUCCUCGGGCCGACGCUCACGCGCAAAGAGAAGGAGCUCUUCGAGCUCGACAACCUCAUGAUCCCCGAUGGGAACGGGUGGCGCAAGAGCAUCGUCGAAUCGGCACGGCACGAGGCCCAGGCGCUGCUGCGCAAGGCUGUGGCGCUCCCGCCCGGGCGCAACUGGGGCCCGUCGGCGCGGCUGCAGGUGGACCCGACGGAGCUCGUCGACCACACGCUGACGGGGUCGCGCAAGCGGCUGCGGAAGCCUCUCCUGGGCAUUGUGCAGACUGGCGAAAAGACAAAGGGAGUGGCGCCGAAACUGAUGUCGUCGCGCGCGGCGCGGCUCUGGGACCGCGCGGUGGGCAAGGUGAUCGUCAUGCUGCACGACGGGACGAUGCAGGACAUCAAGAACGCCGAGCGGUGGAGCACGCGCGUGCGCAGGCUCUCGCAGCGGGGCAGCCGCGGCGUGUCCAUCAUGCGGCGGCGGACGCGCCGGAAGUCGAUGGCCGGGAGCGUCGCGGACCUGAACUGGCGGGACCAGCUCGUGCGGCGCGGGCGCGGCGGGGUGAUGGAGGCGCGCGGCGGGUACGGGAGCGAGAGCGAGCUGCCAAUGUGGCGGCCGAAGGAGGUGCACGACGUGUUCUCGUCCAAGGUGCGGCACGCGCCGCGGCGGAAGCCGCAGGAGCAGAAGGAGGACAAGGGCAUCACGUGGGACGUGGAGGGCGGGGCGCAGGACGAGGGUGCGCUGGAGCGGGGCCGGCGGGGCGCGGCGGCGCUCUCCGCAGCCAUCCAGGGCGUGGUCGGCACGCCAGAGCCGCCGCCGAUCGAGGAGGAGCCCGAGGAGAGCCCGCAGAAGGCGGCGGAGCCGUCGCGGCCCGCGUCGGCCGUGAAGCAGCCGAGGAAGAGACAGGGGUCGAAAAAGAAAGGGAGACGCGUUUCGAUAUCUUCUGCGGUGUCGUCGUCGAGGAGAUCGGUGUCCCGGCGGGAAUCGCGCGCCGUCACGGACGCGGCCUCCACCGCGGAGACGCCCGUGCGGGAGUCGCUCGCGGCCGCCAAGCGCGCCGCGCUGUCCGCCGGCCGGCAGCGGCGAAGCUUCAGCGAGCGCGUCCAGGACAAGAUCACGGCCACGGCGAACUGGGGCCGGACGCUCGGGCGGCACGCGCGCCCGGAGGAGCGCGCCGGCACCAAGGCGCGCCAGGGCCCCGCGAAGCACGACGCGUUCGACGAUCCCCGGUUCGUCAUUUCACAGGAGGUGGCGACCGCGGAGCUGCGGCGCGCGCUGGUCGCGGAGGGCGUGACGUCGUCGUACGCCCGCGACAAGUACCUGGCGUACCUGCGGCGCAACAGGGCCGCGGAGAUCCCGCGAUACCUGACGGUGACCAUGGACGCCGCCAAGCAGCAGCGGCGGCAGUGGGCGUUCCGGGCCAAGGUGGCGAAGGCGCAGCUCGAGGCGCAGCGCCGCGAGCGGGACGCCUUUGGGGAGGAGGUGGCGUGGAUGCACACCAUGUGA